AUAGUCAUAGUCAUAAGUCAUACUCUGUGGCCAAAAAGAAAAUAAUUAACUUUUAUUAUUAUUUGAAAUUAUUUUUAUGUAUCUAAAUAAAUUACAAGGGAUUUUGUUAUUGAGUGAUACUCUAUAUUUACUAUAAAGUUGUUUUCUAAACUAACCUUUUGGUCCACAAACAUAUUUAUUAGCAUCAGAAAUAAUCCCAUCUUAAAUGUGCGGUUAGGACUCAUAUAUAUGUUCUAGACUGAUAAAAAAUGAAAUUCUUUAAAUCUCGAAUUCUAUCCGAAUCUCAGCUGAAGAGAUUAAAAGAGCAUAAAUAUGCUUGCCAGAGUGUUAGUAUUUGUGAUCAGAUUUUGCAGCCUUAUUGGAGCUGGCUCGUCUUAAGAAUUCCGUUAUGGUUUGCUCCAAAUCUACUUACAAUAAUGGGCUUAGUUGUAAACAUCUUUACCGCACUAUUAUUGGUUGCAUUUUCACCUGAUGCAAAACAAGAAGCACCACGAUGGACGUGCGCAUUGUGCGCGCUUGGUUUAUUUAUAUAUCAGAGUCUUGAUGCUAUCGAUGGUAAACAAGCCAGAAGAACGAAUAGUGCUAAUCCUUUGGGUGAACUUUUUGAUCACGGCUGUGAUUCGUUAUCCACAGUAUUUGUUGCAAUAUCAGCAUGUACGGCAGUGCAGUUAGGCAAUUACCCUGCUUGGAUGUUUUUCCAGAGUUUUUGUGCUAUGACACUUUUUUAUUGUGCUCAUUGGCAGACAUAUGUAUCGGGAACUUUAAGGUUUGGAAAAAUUGAUGUUACUGAAGCUCAAAUUACUAUUAUGGGUAUUUUAUUAACAUCUGCUAUUUUUGGAACUCAAAUUUGGUCUAUUAAGUUUUUUAGCGACACAUUUAUUCUUUGGUACUUGAUUCCACUCAGUACCUUGUUUUGCGGUGGUUGGUCUCUCUACAGGAGCCUAGUAGUCGUAUUUACGGGAGGUGUAGGCAAGAAUGGAUCUACAGUUGCCGGCACAAGUGUUUUAUCUCCAGUUAUACCAAUUAUAUUAGUGGUUCUACCCGCCUUCAUAAUCUACAAAAAGUCUGAACAAGCUAUUUAUGAAACCCAUCCAGUAUUGUACAUUCUUACUUUUGGAUUGGUUGCAGCCAAAGUAACAAAUAGAUUAGUGGUUGCACACAUGACGAAAAGUGAGAUGCAAAUGUGGGACUAUUCCUUGGUAGGACCUGCGAUGCUGUUCUUUAAUCAGUAUUUUAAUACAUUUAUUAACGAAUAUGUCGUGUUAUGGAUGGCUUUGAUAUGGGUCCUUUUGGAUCUGUUCAUCUACUGCAACAGGGUCUGUCAGGAAAUCUGUACUCACCUUGGAAUAGAAUUGUUUAGGAUACCCUAUCCUCCAGGGGUGCCUCAAAAAGUAUACGAACCGCCUUCUGUGGCCGAAAAAAACGGUACGAAAUCUCACAAUAGAGUUAAAACACGUAGUAACAAAAGUGCAAAACUGUGAAUAUGGGGCAAGUCAACCUUAAUGUACAUCUUAAAUGUCUACUGCUUCUUUUUGAUAUAAGUCUUAUGUUUAUGGUUUCAUUUUCCUUUCAUACUUAAAAAGCUUCAUUCAGAACCUCGCAAUUAGUGGAAUAAAUUAGUGGUUUCAGUUACACUUUAUACUUUUUAGUUUACCAUCAUUUACAAUGUCUAAAAAACACAAUUAAAAUUAAUAUUCUAGCAACAGCUUGCGGUAGUCAGUUGUAUCCAUAGAGAAAGCCUAAUAUUUAGCUUAUAAAACAAUAAACUUUUGAUUUCUAACCACAAAUUCUCUUGACCGAUGAUUAUCAAACGCCAAAAUGACAUUCCCCGCAACUUUUGAAGUAUAAUUAAUGGAAAAGUUUAAAGUUUUUUUAACUUCUUCCACUCAUUGAAGAUCACUACCACUAAUUUGAACGUUGUGAGUGCUUACUUUGAUAUUAGAGGAACAAACUUCUACGCUAAUAGAAACCAUUGAAUAAGUCCACUAAUUUUGAAGUUCUGAAUGAAGCUUAAUGAUCAAAAAUGCCACGUUCUACAAAUUAUAGGCUUGAUUGUUUGGAUAGUAUCACUGAUUAAGGUAAAGAAGUUUAUCACAAAUUAUCACCUUUUAGAACUUCUAUAUGAAAUCUUCAGCAAAGUCGGUGCCAGAUCCAUUUAAAAACGUUUCGUAGCUCUACGGUUGUCAGAUACAAUAGUUCUUAAUGUUUGAGUUAGCAUUAAACUUAAAUGAAACGUUAAAGAUAGUCUGCACGACAUCCAUUUUCCGUAGGCUCAUUGAUUCAUAGGUCUAUGAUUGUAUAAAAAAACAAUGCCGAGGGUGGCCGUUUGGAGUCCCUACAAAUAGUGGCAGGUGAGGCCGUAGAGCUGCGAAGAUGUCUGGUGGGAAGUAGCGUGAAGGAUUUGAAAUUAUUUUCAAAAAAGAGUCCAUUUGAGAUUGUUAACAGUUAAAUCUAUUAAUAUUAACUAAUUGCUUAAAAUUUACAAUUUUUCUUUAUUGAAAUUCGAAACGAACAAGCCUUAUAACAGUAUUGUUUUGGGUUAAUGUAUAUAAAAUUGAGUUCCUAUCAUAUAUUUACUAUAACUCUUUCUUAUUUUUCGUUUGCUACAGUCGAAAAAAGAUUUACUUCUUGUAUGUUUUUUACAUUACAUAGAAAGAAUAAUUUUAUAAUAAAGUUAUUUUGAAUUGAAAUAUUUAUAAUUUUUAGUAUUGUUCCUAUAAUUAAGUUAUAGCAAGAAUCCAACUUUUUAGAAAUAUCUCUUAAAAGUGACUAAAACCAGCAAAUAUAUUUUAUAAAUCAUAAAUUCCUGGAUUAGACACCAACAAAGAAUACCAUCCAUCCUGUCUCGGUUAAUUUUGAUUUGAGCCAAAAGAGAUCAUUUCUAUGUAAAAUUUGAUGCUCCACAACUUUUAUUUGAACUUUAAAAAAAAGUAUAAAGACCAUUUUUAUGUAAAAUUGGACGUUCUACAACUUUUAUUUACAACCAAACUCACUAAAAUAUUUGUUUCAUCUUAUAUACUUAUCUUUCUUUUUUGUACAUUCUAUCCUUAUCUGAUUGAAUAAAAAAUGUUUCAAGCCGAUCGACUGAAUCGGAUUACAAGUUGCUGAUAUACUCGUAAUCAUUAUUGUCUUUUUCUGGAAGAUACACACUGUAUAUUUGUGCGUGUUUUAGUCGCUUGAAGCCCAAAUAGAUUGGAAUACCAAGAUUACAAUAUAUCUAAAGAAUAUUUAACUUUUUUAAAGAGAUAUGUAGUCUAUAUCAAGGACUAUAAUAAAAAAUAGUUAACUGUUUCUAAAAAUAAUGGAAUUCUCGAUAUAAUUUUUUAAAAAUACAAGUGAAAGCUCAAAAAUUUAGUGGCUUGUUUAUAAAUAUUUAUGUAGGAACAAAGCUUUAAAAACAAAUUUAACAUACAUUUUUUGGCCUUGUGCUAUUUUAUUAACGGUUAAGAAGCUUUAAUUUAUUGCUAAGAUAGUCAAUUAGUGAAUGUAGACAAACCUAUUUUUGCUUAAAAUAUUAAAUCACCUCAUCUCACAAAAUAUACAAACUGUGUUCUCAAUGUUCUAGUAAAUUUGAAAACAACUACUUGUUUAUAAAGUUAUUUUGAUAGAAGUCAAUAUUUUUACCCUCGAUUGACAGUAGAAUACUCAGAGCACAUCCUGUAUAUUAAAACGCUUCAUUGAUGAUUAUGUAUUAUUUCGAUGUAAAAAAUGUACGCUAUUUUAGAUAAGAAUCAUAUACAAGACAUUAGUAGGUAAUAUAUAAAUGCUGUAAAAAUGUCAGUUAUUCAACGUAAAUAUUUCAUGAUACAAAGGUGCCAAAGAAUAUCUACUUUAUUUACUAAUUUAUUUAAAUUCAUAAAAAAGAUUUGGUUAUUAAUAUCCUAGUUGUUAUAGCGUUAAGUAAUACAACGAAUUAGUUUGAUGGUUUUGUGGCCAGACAGUACCUUUCAUACAUAGAUAAAUGAAACACGUUUAGAUUGGAAAGUGUCCAUAAGGACAAUGUAAACAUUAUUUGGCGCUAUUCUUGUAACGGUCGCGACCCAAAGCUUUUUAUAUUUUCGGA